AACGUGUAACGUUGUAGUCGUGGCUUUCCUGAUGGCUUUCAUAAUAAAUAUGUUUACCUAGUUUGAAGAAAAAAACUCAUUUAUAUUGUCUGUAAUUGAUUCAAAAUUGAAUACCUAUAGGAUAUUUUUCCAAAUUUUAAUAUAAUUUUCAUUAUGGAACACGUUGAAAGAGAUAUUUGCGACAGCAUGCAUAAUGAUGAUUUCUUCCGGAUUUUCCUGGAAGAUCGACAUGAUGCCAAGGCGGAUCUCUCCGCAGUAAUGACUAUCUCGGAGCAGAUAGCAAAGUUGUCCGAAGGUUUGGAGCAAAUUUCGACCCAACUGCAAACACAGGUCCGCGGGCAGUACGGAGCGCUGUUGUCACAAGCGAAUCAUGCAGGCCGGCUCAACGCGGCCAUCAGUUCUAUUUCAGGCCACAUCGAUUCAUUGCAGCAUAGCGCCGAUCGGUUGAAAAAACAAGUGAACGUUCCUUACGACCAACUGGAAACCCAAACUAAAAUCCUGGGACGAUUGCAUGAGGCUUCACAUGUGCUGCGUCAAAGUGGACGAUUUCUACAAAUUUACAAAGCGCUUGACAAGGCAACGGAGCUACCGGAACAAGCUCGGAUUGUUUUUGAGCUUGAAAGUGUCAUGGAGGAUGUUGACCUCAGUCAAAUAGAAUUCUUGAAGGAAGAAAUCGCUACGAUGUCUACUAUCAAGGCCCGUCUUUUGAAGGUGGCCAAUAGAGAUUUAUUCCAAGGCAUUCAAAACACCAAGGAAGAAGAAACGAAAAAUUGUUUAAAAAUUUUCCUCAACUUAAAAACACUGGCGAAGUGUUUAGAAAACAUUUCUGCAACAUACCAACGUUACAUCAGAGACUCUAUUAAAGAAUGCUAUGCAGCAUCAGAUAUUGGCAAACUGCGCAAGCAAGAACCACUAGGCGCUAAUAACAAAGUCAAGAGUGAUCGAACGCAAUCCAAGGGUCCGGGGAAGGCCCCCGUAUUGACCAGUUCGAAUCAUUUCCGGACAAAACUGUGGCAAGCAUUGGAAUGGUUGUUUCUGGAUGAGUUUUAUAGCUACUGUCAACAAAUAUCAUUCCUACAGCGAUGCUUACUUGGCUUACCAUUGUCGGAGGAUUGUCUUUCAAUGGCAAAAACGAUUAGCAAAGACUUUUGGUAUAAAUUGGAGAAACAACUGGUUGAGUCGUUCACUAAUGCGCAGCCUCAUGUAUAUCAAGCGCUCCAGCAGGGUCUUCCAAAAAUGCUUUCCGUAGCACGUGCUUUGGAGAAAAAAAUCGACAACAAUUUCGUGUUUGCCGAUAAAACAUUUGUAGCCUUAGAGGCAGGUUAUUUGGAGAAAUGCGCGAAUAACUUGAAGGUUGUGCUGUUGGACAUUGAUUUCCCUAACCAGGAAGUGAUCGAUAGCGUAGUGAGAGUAGCUUCAACAGAACUCAACGCAGCUAUUGUUGAUGACCGAUUAACAGGACAGGUGACGAAUGUUAUUUGUGCAUCGAACCAAGAUUUAUGGAACAGAAUCGAACGCAAUGUGAAACUUGGUGGCGAUACCCAACAGGUUCUUGACAACCCGAAUGCAUCACAAUCGCAGAAUAUUACAUUGGCCAAUGUAGUGCAUUAUCAUCAUGAAGCCAUAUGCCGAUUGAUUCAAAAUCUGGGUACAAACUUCGCCAACACUGAAGCAGCAGAACAGCUGAGAAAAAGCCUCAACGAAGGUCGCACUAUAACCCUUGCUAUCAUGCAACAACUGAUAGCUUCAAUUCAUUCAGCCGUUAAUAUAAUUCUGCUCAGCAUGCAUCGCGAGCCGGGACUCAACACGACAUCGAUUUCGACCGCUGGACCAUCCUUUUACAUGAAGGAGCUACAAGAUUUUUUGAUACGUUCGUGGAAUUCCCACAUUCUGCCGUUCGCCGACAAGUCAGUGAUUGAUGAGAGUGGACAUCAUUUGGCUGCUCGUUGCAUAGAACUUUUCGUGCAAAAUGUGUCGAUUCUGCGACCAAUCUCGAGCUCCGGUAGACAAAGGAUUAAGGCCGAUUGUCAUUAUUUGGAACUAGCGUUAAAACCUAUUGUACCGGAUUUGGCAGUUUUGGGAAAAAGCUUUCGUUUAUUAAGAGCCAUGGCCUCGCUUCUAACUGUUUCCGCCGAAGAGCUGGUACGGCACACUUCAGAGGCUGGCGGUAUUGUGCCACCUCACAUUGUAUUGUUCAUGCUGUUCAGCUUUGCCGGGCCAGAACUGGCCAGUCCGCACGUUACAGCUGGAUGGUCCAACGAGAAGCUGAUUCAAUGGUUGGAGUCGCAUUCGUCUGAGCGUGAAAAGUUAGAACUGAUUACAGGAGCUUUACAAAAAUAUAGAACACUCGUUCGACAGAAGAACAUCUCGCAAUACGAUGUAGUAUAUCCGCUAAUUGCUAGUUAUUUAGAUGAAUCACUGAAAAAUGUUUCUUCUAAGCAAUAAUGUAUUAAUUUUAACAUACACCUACUAUUAGUAGUUUACAAAUAAUAUCAAAAUAAAUAUUCUGAAAAUUCAAUAAAGAUUAGUAUAGACAAAGCAUCAAA